AUGGAAGCACUGUUGCGAUCAUUCGAAUGGUGCCUAAUAAUCGGCCUCUAUUGCCUUUUAUGUAAGUUUUUGGCUGAAUUUAAGCCGGUUUGAAAAUUCAUGGAUCGAGAUGUAUUUUAAUAUGUUGAUUUAUGUUGUUUUACCUCUGAUGGACGACUUAUUCUCUUAUCGUUAUUGAGUUUAUUAUCUUUUGCCCGGCCUUUGAAAUUGCCCAAAAUUAGUCUCGUAAGAGAGUCGCGUGACUCAUUUUUGCAUUUCCAAAUCUGGCAUUUGCCGCUUCUCCGUUCUUUACAGAUUCUAGGCAAUUCCAAUUUUAAAGACUUUCCAUGAGGUUUAAUCGUUAUCCGUAAUGCCGGAAUUUAACGUAAAGUUUUUUUCAUCAAGUAACAUAAAAUCUUUAAUUUUCGUGCUUUGUGCUACCCAAGGAGGCCAAUACGGCACCCGUAGUUCCAUGAACAGAUGUGGUAAGUUGGGGUGUGAGGCUAAAUGACUUUUACAUGGGUCUUCUGGUGGCGAGUUUUCACUCGUCUCACGGCAAGUGCGCAGAUGCCUGCAGAGGCGAACACGUAAUUGGAAAGUAUGGCCACAGCAUAGGCAGACUGACAUUUGGGCACCGUCAGUUGUUGUCAUUUGUCUCUUGGUGAAGUCAGGGUUUCAGUGACCGCGGAGGCGUCUGACAAGGAUGAGAUCUGAUUGACAAUUUUGGUGACGUCAAGAGCAUGUGCGAGCUGCUUCUCUGUCGAUUCUGUCGUUUUGUGUGGGGGAUAGUGCCGGAGUUGUUGUUUUGUAUAGUGUUCCGUUCGAUCGCCUAAUGGCCUCACGUCACGGUCAGACUUUAGACGGCGUGGCCGCCAGUGUUUGACUAGGGCACCUUUUCUACCAUUUGAGAGUAAAAGCAAUACGUUCCUGAGUAAAAUUAGUUAAUCGUCUGAGGUGAUCACCAACUUUCACAUUGAGUUCUGAUUUUAGUUUUUUUGAAAAACGAUCAAAAUUAGACUGCGCCGCUCACGGUAUUGCAUGUCGACCUAUUCACAGGACUCUUUGGGGGAGGGCAGUGAGAACGAUGAUAGUAGCUGAAUAGUGGAGUUAGGUUACGUGUGAAAUAAUAAUGAUAAUGGUUUACGAAACAUCAGUCCUCACUCCAACCAAUGCCACCGUAGUUCAGUGACAGGAUUAUGCCAAGACGACUGUCAUGUUAUUGACUUGACAUAAGUCUCAUCUACGCCUACUACGAAGUGGGUUCUCUCCUAUGGUUAGGAUGCCGAUUGAACCCGUUAUCGGAAUGCAGCCGUUUUGCAAGGCGAGGUUUCGUGAACCUGCAGAUCAGAGUUAGACGGUAUAUAAGGGUCCACCUGAACUACCACGACCUGGAUCGAAGUCUAUCGAGCAACCUGCCACACUGCCUUACUCUCAGGGAUUUUCUACGUCAAUUAUUCCAAGGACAUACUUUUAGUAACUUUUUGCUUCGUUACCGAUGUACUUUAGGCUUCAGUGUAAUCCUUUCGUUCAAAUUCCGAGUUCGACACUCGUUUGUUCUCGUUUGAUCAUUGCUAGAAGGCCGGCAUUUAUUUAUCUACUGAUCUGUCACAGAUGCUUAAAACGAUUGUUUAGUUAGAAUUUAAUUCUACUCCCUUGUCACAGCCUGGAUAAAUGAAGGACGGGAAUUUUUACUGACUUAGGCCGACGAUUGGGUGCUACACUCCACAAAACUUUGUAUGGGGGCGGAAAGGCGGCAAUUAGAUGCCAUCAACAAACGUUCUGAAUUUUACGUCACUCCGGGGUCUUUAGGCGAAUCAACCCUCUGAAUAACAAGAAAAAUGGCUUCAAGCUCAUUCUUCUGUUCCUGUUCAUCUGCGUAGUUGAGUUAGUUUCCUAAAUGCCAUUAUUUUGAAUCUGAACAGUUCGGUUUAACUGCGCAUUAUAAAGAUCCCAGAAUUCGGUUCGGCUCCGAACUUAUUAUUGAAGGCGAAGUAGCUUUUGAAGUGUUGUUUACUAGCGACUGGUAUUUUGACAGCACUAUUGCGUAUAGCGCCUGCAAGUUGUUCGUAAAAAUAAUGUCCGAAUUUUCCUUUUCUCUACUCAUAUGGGCUACGUAACGUCCAAAUUGUGAAUAAAUCUAGAUAACCCAUUGUUUUAGUUUCCAAGAAUUCGCAAAUACGUUUCCCUCAAACUUUGCAAAACGUCCGCUCUGCAACUUUCUGUGAAUAGGAUUCUCCUUUUUUGCUGUGCAGAGGGAAUUGUAACAGUUAUUAAGGAAGCAAUCAGUUUCGACACUAUAAACACUAAACAGUAGUAUGAAUUAGUUUUUUAUUUUCUCCUUCACGUAGUUUUGAACGCAGAGAACGUUACGAGUGAAUCACCACGGUGUGCAGCAGGGUUUUUCAAACUCGGAACUUCCUGCUUCUUGGUGCGUUACUUAAACUAUAUUGUCGUUGUUGACUAUGAGCUUAUCUUAAGAGAUUGCCAUCUCAAACACCUUUGAAAUGUUGAUGCAAUGAGUCCUAGAUUUUCAUUAGGCAGGUCAAAAAGACCAGCUGUUUCACCAUGCAAACCAUUUCUAAAGGACGUCAUACGUGUAUUUUCUUUUUUCAGCAAUUUUUUGUCCCAGUAGUUAACUUUCAAAGUGACGCCAGCCAGUCACACCCAAUCCCGGGUUUCGAGGACCUGGCAUUUAAACCUGGAAUUGAGUUUAAGUGAAACGGUCACCUAUGUUCCCAACGUUGAACGAUAAAUGAAGCUAAGCAUUUUAGACAAGAAGUAGAUGCGUAUUUCUCAGCGAGCUUACGCAAACCAGGAUUGAGAGCCUUUACAGUAACCGGAGAGGAUUUACUUUCCAAGGUCAUGAAAUACAAUCUUUCUGAUUUGAAUUACCCAGACUAACUUGCAGGCUUGGACACCAACUGGCAGUAAAGAGGCGAGACCGCUUAUCCUAAGUCGACAUGCAUAUGCUAGAAACUUGGCACAAACUUUCUUGGGAUAAAACGCGCAUUGUCGGUGUCUGUCCAUAUAAGGAAGACCGAUAAUUUCUGGAGACCAUACACCCAGGUGAUUUGUGCAUCAAUAGACGCCAUGUACAUAAAUCUCAAGGAAAGAUGGAAAAGGCGAUAGCCAAUCAAAACAUGGCUUCAGCCCACAGCAUUGACCCAUUGGCAGCAAUGACAAGGCGAUAUCGACUUUUUCGGGGAUUGUUAAGUUUCCCGAAGGACUCACUUCCUUCAAAUUAUAUCUCUCAGGUUGGUAUGCUGACGAAAACAAGGGAAGCCGAAAUGGCCAUUUCUAGUUUGUCGGCCGUCAUCAGUCGAUCAUGGCCAUCCCCAGGUGCGGAUUCGAUUACGGAAUCUUUGGUCAUUCCGGUCUCCCUUGGCAUUAUCAAUGCCAGUCUAUCUAUUUAUACUAAUAGUUCAGCGAAUAUUCCCACGUUACAAUUGAAAAGUCAGAUUGGCUAACACGUGUUUUCGGUAAUUCUUCGUCAGACCAAUACAAUUACAUGAAGGAGUGAAAAUUUACAAAGUUAACAGUGUUUAUAGGUGUCGCAAGGUCAAUUAAGUCAUUAACACUCAUCUUUCCCACGCCGUCUGGCAGAUAGUACCACCGAUAUCGACGACCUUGUCCAAAAGUUCAACAGUGCGCACGCUUCGCUAAAGUUCACUGCUGAGUCUGAGGCAGAUAACGAAAUUGCGUUUUUCGAUGUCCUUCUACACAGGCAGGAGGAUAGGUCUAUCCAGCGCAGGGUGUUCCGAAAGAAAACCUGGACGGGACAAUACAUUAAUUUCCACAGUUUUGUUCCCCUCAACAUCAAACGAAAUCUAGCCCAGGGAUCGGCAGCUAGAGUGAGGCGCAUCUGCUCACCUGAAGCUAUUGAAGCAGAGCUCCAACAGCUGCAGAACACACUCCGCGAGAACGGAUAUCCAGAUAGAUUUAUCCUCCGUAUUCAUAAGACUGCCUUUUGCCGGGGACGCAGCGAGCCAACUAGUCAGACGGCGCUUAGCUACAGCUGUUACGAGAGCAUUCCCCGCGGCGAAUUUAUGCGUAUGUUUCCCAAACUCUCCCCUCCUACGUUUGGGAUGUAAAGACAGACUACCGUUGGAGGGCACAUCAAUGUGCAUCUACUCAUUCACUUGCUCCUGUGGAGCGGGAUGCAUCGGUCUUACAACGAGACACCUGGUAAAGAGGGUGCGUGAACAUAUGCCCGCCUGGCUAGACAGAGGUGAGACCCGAUCGGUUUCGAGCUCUAUUCUCGCACAUUUAAUCGAUACGGAUCACCGAGUCGAUGCCAAGGAAGCAUUUCAGGCUGUCUAUCGGACACCAACAAGCUUCGCUAAGGGCCUACGCCAACGGAUACUAGCAACGGCCGAGGCAGUGGCUAUACGGCUGGCGAAUCCGGUGCUAUGCUGUCAGAAAACCCUGACACAAGCGCUCUCUCUGCCGUGGCCAACGCCAACCUCACGUGAUGGCGACAUGCCGCCUCAAAUCCCUGAUUACAGUGAUGGGUACUCUGUGCAUUCAAUCCAAGAACAUCACUCAAAGACUCGUUUACCCCCUCCCCCAGGUCUAAGGACCUAAACCCGCCGACCUCGUCAUGCGGGCGGCGUGGGAAAGAUGAGUGUUAAUGACUUAAUUGACCUUGCGACACCUAUAAACACUGUUAACUUUGUACAUUUUCACUCCUUCAUGUAAUUGUAUUAGCCUGACGAAGAAUUACCGAAAACACGUGUUAGCCAAUUUGACUUUUCAAUUAUAUUAAUAGUCGCCAUGAGACUGGCUGCGAGGGUUCUAUUUUGAUCCCCAAGGCUAGAAGAGACGAGCACGUCUCGUACCUUUUAUAUGUAUACAUAGAUGUAUCCCGUUCACCGUCUCAUGGAAUCGUCUCUUCUUCUUCAUGUUCGUCUGGAGAUGAAGAACGGGAUAAUUUAUAUAUAUUUUAUAUGGUAAAGGCAUUAUACCGUACUCCCGACAUAGAUACUUGCUAAAAGCCCAGACACGUGUUUCGCCGAUAUUCUGCCGCUGCGUGACACAGCUGCGAGGGGUUCGGCUCUUCAGUGGGACCCCCAGCGUUCUCUAGCGGUUUCUGGUAUAUGAACUCCAGGGAAUAAUCAAGUGAAUAAUUUCAGAAAUUACUCAGUGCAGGACUUGGAGUUAAAUCUCCUGGACAUGAGUUUAUAUAUAUAUAUAUAUAUAUAUAUAUAUAUAUAUCUGCACAUUGGAUGUCAUAUCUCACAAAAUGUUAACCGAGAUUCUGAAAUAUGCUUUCGAUCCGAAGAGGUUACUUCGGCAGGGCUGUAAUGUAAAUUAGUGUAGUGUAAAUUUUGAACGAACCACUUUUACGGCCGCCCGCGAAAUGCUCACUCUGCAAAGAUGACCACCGAAGAAGUAGGAAUUUUGUUCAUUAUCCUUUUGAAUUCGAGCACAUUUUAUAGAAAAAAUGCGUGAAAUAUUCUGUUUUGUGCAUAUUAAGUUGCAAAAACGUCUUCCAUAAAGUUCAUUUUCGAGGAAAGGAUCUCUUUCAAUUCUGAAAACUUUUUCAACUUCCAAAAAAAUAGAAACCCGAGUUACCGUUGCAUUUGUAACCAGGGCUUCCAAAUUAUAAGUUGUAUAUUUUACUUGUAAGGAAAGUCAUAAGGCUCACAAAAGUUUGCAAUGGAUAUGGACCAUUUCAUGGUCAUAAAAACGUCAUAAUUAGAUGCUCAGUUAAAACCGAAAGAUAUUUUCUUCAAGUAAAAAUGUAGUGUAGACGUAAUUUCCUACCAAAUAAGUACUAGAAAGAAUGUUUGUGUAGGUUUUUCAUGAAAUGAAUUGAAAUUUAUGAGGAAAUUGAAAACAGCUUUGAAAAAUUCAUACUGUUUGGGUUGUUAUAUUCUUGCAAAGUAGAGUUUUCGCAGACGGUCGGAAGGAAGACCGUUUAAAAGCCAGCUCUCCGACGUGAAUAAACUGUUCGGGUACUACACUGCACCCCAUUGGCCCUUCCCAAUCAAAAACGCAUUUCAAUAUUUCAGCUAACAUUUCACAAGAUUAAUCACUGAUUGGACAUCUGGCAGUGAGUAUUAUGUGCCACCCAAGUAAAAAAUGGCCUCAUCGCGGUGUCCGGAAACCCCCUCCCCAUCCGGUCAUCAAUUGCUGCCAAUGUGGUUCCUGAUUUAGGUCCGAAAUUCCAAAUAAAACAUCCUUUAAAGUCUUUGGGGUGGAUUUUAUCCGAUCUACUGGAUGUUUGAAAUAAGAUUCACGCAAAAGAGCUUAAAGAGGAUAGUUACGUUUCAUCCGAAUUUGAAAAAGGAGUGUCGAACGGUAUUCAGCUUGGGAGUCCUGUAGAGACUGGUCUAGCUCUAGUCUCUCCGGCGUUCCUUCCUACUUAAAAAGACAUAGAAAGAGAGUUUAAAGUGCGUUUAGGCUAAAAUACUCCUUCCUGUAUGAGCGCGUGCCCCCUAAGCGGGCAUUGAAGCACAUCUUCCAUACCACAGAAGUCAGUAUAGGUAUCAUCCAUCGUUUGGAGGCUACCAUACGUCUAGGAGGCAUGAAAAUGAAGGAUAUACUGGACGCAGUUGGACACUUUACUGUGGAUUAUCAGACCGCAUUGGACAACUACCCCUGACUGUCCACAGCUAACAAUGACGUAGGCCACGAAUGCGCGGCAAAAAUGGGUGACCCGCUGGGGGCCGCCGAUAUAUCGAUCGUUCCUAUCGAUCUUUUCAUCGAAUGCAGGGUGCAUUGAAUCAGCCGUGAUAACAUCAGGUCGAAAAGCGAUCUCAUUUAUGUUCUCUAGCAGGCAAGUAUCUGCGUCAGAUGCCUCCACAAACGGGCCAUGUGGUAGAUGCGCUGGGCCAACAGGGGAGCCAUAUCAAAUUCUGGCAGGCGUUAUCGGAUUCUCACCCCAUAACAUGUGCCAACAUUUGGAGGGGUGCGGUGGCAGACACGGUUUUCGACAGUCGUCGCGCACACUGGGAUCCCUGCCGUUCGCCAUUGAUCAAAACCCUGGUCGUUUGUUGUGUGAACCAGAGGGUGUAGAGUAGAGCGCCAAGGUGCGGACUCGACCGUGCCAUCCACCUGCGUCUUCCCCGCCUCCGGUCUUCUUGACUCUGUCUUGACACCGGGUCCAGAUGGGGUGAGGAGGAGAGGGUGCGGUAGAUGCUGUGCAAGUAUACUCUCCCUAUAAGCUAGUUCACGCGCAAGCCAUCGUCCCUGAUUCAUCUUGCUGUAGAGCACACGAUGGACACCGUUGGAAUCGACGCUCGAAUUGUCGUAUGAGCGCAGGAGGGGACAUUGCUGGGCGUAACGCAGCCCAUGGGUUCGGGAGGUUUGACCGCUUGUCGAAUGAGUCCUCGGAGUCGGUUUGUGGAUUUUUCUCUCCUAUAGGAGGAAGGGUUUGGGAGAUUUUACUACUUCUGCCCUCGUAGUAAAAGUGCUUUCCAAAAAUGUACCAAUGCACAGGCAAUCCGUCUUGGCUCAUUUUGAUCGAGGAAAAAAAGUUAACCGGUUUCAGUCCUGAUAGGGCGGUCCAUAGGAUCUCGAGGCCGCCUAGUCGGCGAAGAGUCGCGCUGGUGGGUGUAGCGCAUACCUCCUCGGCUUUCGGAGGCCUUUACAUCUCGCAAGACUUGUGGCCAAAGUCCCCUCUAAGUACCGUCAAAAUAUAGCACUUUUCUGCACCGUGUUGGCCAGAUUUUGCGGUUGCUGUUAUUGCGCGAAGGCUGUAUCACAUGCUCCCAAUCCCUGCUAGCAAUCUCUGCCUAAAUGCGCAAAUAUGCGUGUUUUGUUAGGCAACCUUCCAGAGUCAUGGCUGGCUGAUGACAUUUAGCAUCGACGGUCAAGUUUUACAAAACCAAGUUUACUACUCUGACGUAAAUUUUCGGUCGGUAAUCAGGUAGAGAUAUUUUAGGAUUGAAAUGUGGCCUACCAUUCUACACACAGAACACCGUAAACAUUUCAAACGAAGCACAAUUGUUAUUUAGUUGGAGAGCCAGUUGCAUUUCACCGGCGUUCAGGUCAGACGCAGUGGAAUGUUAACCGAAAUUCUGAAAUGCGUUUUAAAUUAGAAAGGAUUACUUAAGUGGCGCUGUGGCAUUGAUAAGUUUGUGGUAUAAGGCCGUGGCAUUUCGGACACUUCAGGAUAUUGACUUUUGAGUGCACUUCUUUUCGCGUACCCGCAGAAACCGCAUUCGGCGAAAGGGACUAUUUAAGUAGUGCGUAUUUCCCCUAUCGAUUCUCGAUGCCCUUAUAAGUCCAAAAUGUGUCACAUAAAACACACACACACACACACAAUACUCUUUUUGUACUCAUUUGGUAUCAAAUCAUGUCCUCUUUACGUCUUUUACUCGAAGCUAUAGUAUCAUUCGGCCUUAAAGAAGUUUUCUAAUCAUGAGGUUUCUAAGAACGUGCAAUGUACAUUCGAAUAGCUCCUCAUUGAGUAUACAACACAGUCCACGUUCGCUGUAACACAUGAUAUUUUCUUAAUGGCAUAAAGGAACGCACGUUUUUCUUUGCACAAAAAGUAUACAGCCUAAAGGCUGAGAAUCCUAAACGAAAAUACAGCGUCAGAUCGAGUUCAAAAUUUUUCGGAAGUGAAGAACUCCGUUUAAGACCAAAAGAUGCCCUUUCUUCGAGUACAAAAUUUGAAGAAACCAUGAUUUUCUACCAAAUGAGUUCAAUAAAUAAUAUCUUUGUGAAGGUUUUCUAUAAAAUAUAUUUGAACUCCCAAGGACGUCGAAAAUCGACAUAGAAAAUAUGUACUACUUAAGCAGCCAUUAUUUAUUGAGUGAGGUUUUCGGAAGGCGGCCGAAAAGAAGUACAGUCGAAAGCCAACACCCUGGCAUGUCUGAAAUAUUACGAGAUUACGUCACACGAUAAUAAAUCUUAUAGCCCCACUUAGGCAAUCCUUCCUAAUCGAAAACGAAUUUCAGAAUUUCGAUUAACACUUUAUGAGAUCGGUGACUGACUAUUUAUUUGGUGGGAAUGUUGACUUACUUCGGUAACUUGAAGUAAUUAUUCAGUUGCAUAGAAAUCCUCUGUGCGCCUACGGCGUGGCGGAUGAAACGAACUUCAAGAAUCCGUUCAAGUCCCCUACAUCUGUGUUUUUGAGCUAAGUGUCUUAACCCUUUCAGUUAUACAACGGAACCGGCAAGGGUUUCACCUGGAACGAAGCCCGUCAGGAGUGCAAAAGUCUUGCUCCGGGUGCCGAUCUUGCGCGGAUCACCGACCCAGCGACCCAAGGUAAGACAUAUACGAAACACACACUGCCUGACUUUAUUUGGGUAAAAGUCCGAUUGGAUAACAUUGCCGACAAAUAGAAGCUAAGAGACGAGUCCCAGGAAACAGUCUUGACGAAGGAGACACGAUCGCUGGGAUAAGAGCUUUAUUAGCCUGACGUUUCGGAUCCCUGCUCGAACCCAUAAUCAGAGGCAAAAACAGAUACGGGUGAUUCAUGCACAAGGGGCUGCAGUAUUUACAGGAUGCAGUAGCCAUGCUACCGCAUACGCUACGGCUCCCCCCUCAUCCGGGAUCGUCGCACUUGGUGUGCUAAUUGUUUGAUGGUCGACAUUCACGUCGUUAAUGGCUGCGAUUUCAUCAAAUGCGUUGGGUGUUGGUGUGACGAUUGCUCGACCAUCUGACGCACGGACCCUGGUGUUGGGAAAAGUGUUCACCUGUGCGUUCCCCGCGUGGCUAAUUACUCCGCCUAGGCGAAGUCUCGACACCAAGUAUGGAAUGGGAAGAUCAUUACACUUGUUAAUGGACUGGGGGGCCAGUAAACCAUGACUUAAGUAGCUCCCUGCUCACGUGGUUGUCACCUCUUGCGAGAAUUUUGGCCUCAUCCAAUUUGAAUUUGUGGCCGGAUCUCGUCGAAUGAGUCGUAACUCGAGAACUGGCAUCACUUCUCCGCACCGCUGCAGCGUGUUCGGCCAUUCGCGUUCGGAGCUGUCUUCCGGUCUCUCCGACGUAGUUGCUUUGUCCGCAUUUGCAGCUGAUCCGAUAAACGACCCCAGACGUUUCUUGUCCUGUCAGUGGGUCUUUCGGUUUCAUUAACUGACGCCUGAUGGUUUUUUCUAAUCUGUGUGCAAUUCCAACCCCAAGUGGUGCAAGAAGGCUACCGACAGCUUUCGAAACGUUCUUGACGUACGGAAGCCCUCGCCAAAGUUUGGUGUCCUUGUGGUUAGGCCUUUCGUCCCUUUUGAGUAUGCAGCGGUUGACGAAGUUUCGCGGGUAGCCAUUGACUUUGAAGACCCGUCGGAGGUAUUGUAGUUCGGCAAUCUUCAAGAUUGCCGACAAAGACAAGGAAGACUGGGAUGGUCAUUUCUGGCUUGCUAGCCAGGCUGUGCAACACCUGGGACGCGAUCUCGCAACCUGUUGGCUGGAAGUCCAACGCCUCUAACCAAUGAGCCACGAGCUGCUUGUCGUGUCAGUUGCGAUCGGGUAUAUUAACAAUGGUAGAGGGACACUCAUUGAUCGAGUUACGGGACUCACUCGUCCCAUUUCAGUCUGCCUUAUCUUUGCUAUUCUGCCUGUAUUACGCGUCCCUUUGCGGCUGCUGGUUGGGCUCGAGAGAGAAAGCCCCAAGGCACAACGGGACGAGUGAGUUCCGUAACCCGAUCGCUGCCGGGGAGUUCAGUAAAGUGAUCUGCGUAGGCCUGUAAUCGGAUUGAUAGCACAGGCGACUACGCGGGUAUAUAAUUGUGGUACUGCUUUGGCACGCCAGCUGAGGCUUGCAGGGAAACAGCCCAUCGAUAACCUGGCUUUGGCUGAUUGGCUCAAACUAACAGCCUUCUGGUCGCGUACUACAUAUGGCACUUUCUGGCACGCAACCAGGUUGUUGGGAUAAGAUUUAGUACUGGCCGACAUAAUUGCCCUACCUUAGCAAUUGGGAAACUAACAAACCAACCCCAGUUUUCGUUAGAUAGCGGAGAAAACGGAGAAGCCUACUUUCGCACACAGCAAGGACAGUUAGAAGGGCAUAAAACAAUAUCCCAGAAGUGAAAAGAGAAACUGUUACUGCAUUUGCUGCUAAUCGUUGUGACUUCCUUCGAGGUCUCUAGAUUGAGACCCAGAGCACGAUUUUAAAAUUGGUGAUACCAAACCGUCACUAGAUGAAAUGCGUACGGAAGAGGUGAGACUAUCAUGCUAGAUCGUUGAGGGUCAUGGGGUUACGCAAACAGAGCGCUAGUGCGUUAGGGGGCUAGGUACAUAAUUAAGAUGGGUUUCGGGGAGGGGGAGAGUGCUUAGGGGGAGGAUAAGUAAUGCGAAAUUGAGACUACAGACGGAAGAGUAUGGAUUAGCGGUCAUGGCGUUGUAGUGGGCGCGAGAAUGCCAGUGAAGUGUGUACGCAAGUUCUCGUGUUGGAGUUUCAAGCCUUGGGAAAUUUCCCCGUCCAUCUUAUUUUAGGCCUAGCGAUAACCUAGGUCCACUUUCAAUUGAGUCGGGGAUCAUUCUUCAAGUGCGGGCACAAGGACGAGAGACGGGAGGCCAUGCUGGGGUACAACUGUUUUGUUUAAAAGAAGGCGAAGGCACGAUCACUGGGACAGCAGGUUUAUUUGCCUGAGCUUUCGAACUCGAACUAGAGUUCAUCAUCAGAGGCUACUCGAGUGCAGCAAAUUGUGAACAUUUAUAUCGUUCAUCCUUGCGGGGGGGAGGGGGAGUACGUCCGUGGCUAGGUAGGGUUUGUGCCGCCUGGUCCACGAUGUUCCCCCGGCGUGGUGACGCCGUGUGUACUUCGCGACGGUGUGAGCUGCGCCACCUGGCUGCGUGGGCGGAGCGCGUGAUAACACGCAGGCAAAUCGAUGUGCCUGUUGGUGUCCGACACCCACGCCUCCAACAGUUCUCGCCCUGUCUUGUUGCCGGCUCGCGCCAAUAUCCGCGUGUUGGCGAAGUCGAACUCAUGCCCUUCCUCCAGCGUGUGAGUGGCUACUUGAAACAGUAGGUCGCCUCAACACGCGGAUAUUGGCGCGAGCCGGCAACAAGACAGGGCGAGAGCUGUUGGAGGCGUGGGUGUCGGACACCAACUCCAUCAACAGACACAUCGAUUUGCCUGCGUGUUAUCACGCGCUCCGCCCACGCAGCCAGGUGGCGCAGCUCACACCGUCGCGAAGUCCAGACGGUGUCACCACGCAGGGGGAACAUCGUGGACCAGGCGCACAAACCCUACCUAGCCACGGACGUACUCCCCCUCCCCCCCGCAAGGAUGAACGAUAUAAAUGUUCACAAUUUGCUGCACUCGAGUAGCCUCUGAUGAUGAACUCUAGUUCGAGUUCGAAAGCUUCGAAAUGUUCACAAUUUGCUGCACUCGAGUAGCCUCUGAUGAUGAACUCUAGUUCGAGUUCGAAAGCUCAGGCAAAUAAACCUAAUGUCCCAGUGAUCGUGCCUUCGCCUUUUUUUAAACAAGAACCUGGGAUGCGCAUAUUCUCUUCCAUUCGCAACUGUUUUGUGUUAAUAUGAGUGCCCAGGCGUCGAUUGAUAUGGCCAGCGUACACGCCGGGGCAAUCAGUACAUGAGAUGCGAUAAAUUACGUUUGUCCAUUGCUCUUUGAAGAUGGGAUACUUUGCCGGAGAUACUGCUGCACGCAAUGAAGAUGCUGGCCUAUGGGCGACGUAGCUGUCGGCCAAUCACCUCUGAGGUUCCGUUUGAGAAGGUGGAAUUUCUGCAGCGUCUUGUUACUGUAUCUGACGUCAGUUUGAAUCGACAGUUCAACCAUCCUGCCCGACGAUGUCCACCGAAUGCUCCACAGCAAGGUGGGAGCAGGUACGGUGUCCUGUGCUUGAGUUAGUUUAUAGUGGCAGUAGACUUGCACAGCAUCUAUCGCGCUUUCUCCUCCUACCAGUUACGACAAUUUUCAGGCAACCAUCUAUUUUAUCCUUAGCGGUUGGUGAGACCCCUAAUAAUACAACUAGUGGUAAUUCUGUGGGGAAUCUUCCAACCCAUACGCCCGUUUGUUUUGAACGUUAUUGCACUUAUAUGUAUAUGAUAUCCGACACCGUCCCCCCAAAAGGCCAGACACACGUAGAGUUAGUAACCGAUCAUGCGUGGGGCGCGCAAACGGGUCGUUAAGCUUUGUUAUCCACUGCGCCCAUUGAAGCCACGCAGGUGAAGCGGGAGAGAGUGCGAUAGACGCUUUGAAAGUCUGCCUCGCCGAUGCUACGCCCACGCGGCGGAUGUCGUUACCCACGACGGUCGCACUGUCGUGUCUUCUGAGGGGUAGGGUUCUCACAAUGGGCUAUGCCACAAAUGCUCUGGAACAAAAACAAAGAUUAUAUUGACUCACGGGGCGCGUCAAUCAGGCUGCGCGCACUUCACAAACCCAAAACCACAAGAGAAGGUGUGGUGGCACGAUCAAACGUACAGUAGAUGUGCUAACUCAUGAAACGUUGACCUCAAAUGCGGUUUCGAUUCGAGAAGGUUACUUGAGUAGGCUCUUAGUUUUGGCCGCCUUGCAACAUAACCCCAAGAUAAUUCAAUUACUUCACGACACAAGUUUUUGGACGAACAGUGCCGACACUAUGGCUCUGUUUCAUUAACAGCUAAUAUGUGACUUUUACUGACGCCGACGUUUUUUUUAACCGUGAAUUACUCCAUCGGUUUUCGGCAAGUCCAACCAGAACAGCGGUUGCUAGGGUCCUCUUGCUGGAGGGAUAGUUUCCUCUGGGUGGACUUCUCUCUUUCUCUCGUCCCACCCCAUUGCGACACCGAGUCGAGGUUUCGGGACUGUGCCGAACGGUGGUGCGUGAGAUCGCGCUGGAUAUCGAUCAACAUUCGGCAUUCUGAAAUAACACUAUGGCUUGCGACCCUUUUAUGACCUUUUUAUCUGUUUUGCUGCACUCAACAGAAUCGCUGGUCUUCCAACACUACAGACCGAAGUUCUGGCCGGGUAUGUAGAUGAUAUCUUCGUCGUUAUCGACCAGGAUCAACUGCUGACAUUCAAGGAACAUCUGAAUGCGGUCUUUCCGGACAUACAAUUUACGACGGAGGAGGAAGAGAACAACCAGCUGGCCUUCCUGGAUGUCCUCGCAUGCCGCAAAAAUUGUGGUGAACUAAAAACCAAAGUGUUCAGCAAAGCGACAAAUACGAUGUAAGUACUGAACUUCAACAGCAACCGCCCAAUCAGCCGCAAACGCAGUUGUGUAAGGACGCUCCAUCGGCGUGUCGAAACACACUGCAGUGAGCCGGAAUACAAGAUUGCCGAACUACAAUACCUCCGACGGGUCUUCAAAGCCGAUGGCUACCCGCGAAACUUCGUCAACCGGUGCAUACGCAAAAGUAACGAAAGUCCUACCCGCACGGACACCAAAUUUUGGCGUGCACUUCCGUAUGUCAAGAACGUUUCGGAAGCUGUCGGCCGCCUUCUCGCACUACUUGGGGUUGGAGUUGCUCACAGACCGGAGGCAACCAUCAGGCGUCAGGUAAUGAAACCGAAAGACCCGCUGCUACGGAAAGAAACGUCUGGAGUCGUUUAUCGGAUUUGGUUCAGUUGCGGACAAAGCAACUACGUCGGAUAAACCGGAAGAGAGCUCCGAACGCGAAUUGCCGAACACGCUGCGGCGGUGCGGAGAAAUGACGCCAGCUCUCAAGUUGCAGCUCAUUCGAUGGGAUCUGGCCACACGUUGAAAUUCAACGAGGCCGAAAUUCUCGCAAGAGGUGACAACCGCGUGAGCCGGGAGCUGCUUGAGUCAUGACUUACUGGCCCCCAGUCCAUUAACAAGUCAAUGAUCUUCCCCUUCCAUACUCGGUGCCGAGACUUCGCCUAGGCGGAGUAAUUAGCCACGCGGGGAGCGCACAAGUGAACACUUUUCCCAACACCAGGGUCGGUGCGUCAGAUGGUCGAGCAAUCAUCACACCAACAUCCAACACGCGGGAUGAGAGUGCAGCAAUUAACGACGUGAAUGUCGACCAUCAAACAGUCAUCCCACCACGUGCAACGAUUACUGAUGAAGGGGGGGGGGGGGGAGCCGUGAAUAUUCAUAGGUAUGCAGUGGCCUGGCGACUGCAUCCUAUAAAUACUGCAGCCCCUUGUGCAUGAACCACCCGUAUGUGCUUUUGUCUCUGAUGAUGGGUCCGAGCAGGAAUCCAAAACGUCAGGCUAAUAAAGCUCUUAUCCCAUAGAUCGUAUCGCCUUCUUCACGACUGCACUCAAUGUUGAGCGGAUACAAGCAGAAGGCGAGUUCCAGGCAGCCGUUGAGGCGGAGGAGAUGCGACCUCUGGAACAGGAAGCUCAUUCGCCUGGCGUUUCGGAUUCUCCUCCGAACCCAUUCUCAGAGACGGGCAGAGAGAUAAGUUGUGAGCGAAGCUCAGGAAAUGCAGUGAUUAUUGGGUGCGGUUACUGUCCAACCACAAAUCUACCGUGAUUACCAACUGUUGCAUUCAUUAGCGAUGAUCGCGCUUGGUGCGCAACUUACCGAGUCGUUCAUUUCCGCGAUUUCAUCAUCCGUAUUGAUUAUCGGCGUGAUAAUCACUCACCCAUUUGACUGGCCGACGCCGGCACUGAACGAUGUUCGUCCAUGCGCUCCCCGCGUGGCUAAUUAUUCGCCUGGACAAAUUCUCAGUGCCAAAUAUGGAGAAGGGGGAGGGGAGGGGAGAGACGUCAUUAAGCUUGCUUGUAGACUGCUGGCCAAGCGAGCAGUCAUCGCACCAAAUGGACAAGCAUUGGCGACGAUAAGUACGAGGUGGCAUGGCAACUGCAUUCCACACAUACUGCGCCCAUUGUGUGUCCCCGGUGAUGAGUCGGAAUAAGAAUCCGAAACGUCCGGCGAAAGCAGACAAGUCGGAGGCGACUAAGACUUUCGCUCUAAGAAGCUCUGAAGGAGCUACUUCUUGGUGCAGGGUUUCGGCUGCAAAAAUCCGAUAUCAAGCAUCGACAGAAUGCGUUCAGUCCUUUAAACUGCAUAUUACUCUCCAUAGAUCCUUCAUAAGAUUUCAGCUAUCAGCGGGCUUUCGGCAGAGGUCACGUGACUGACAGGCGCCGCAGCCUCGAAAUCCCAGUCGGAUGGGAAAAGUGUAAUGGAAAGACAUUCAUCGCCUACAGGCAGCGGCAGUCGGGGACAGGCGUCUGUGUUGUACACUGCGGACGACAUUUUCCCGCAGCUUUGAUUUGUUGAUAUCGCGCCAUCAGCGAACCUCAUUCGCGUCGUGUGAUGAAUCACCACUCGCAGCGUUGAACUGGUCGGCCGGGGGGUGAGGGCAUAACACGUGCCUGCGCGCUAUCCAGACAAGAUAUGUUAUAAACACCCUGGUCGGUCUAUUCGACUGGAGCUGGGCGGUACGAAUGUACCCUGGACGGCGUCCCAGACUAUUUGCGCGAGCAGAGGGACUGGGCUUUUUCCACACUGCGCUGACCAGUUCGCUUAAACGACAGUAACGUGGGACAUGAGCGCUUAGUGCCCGGUUGGAGUGUACACAAAACUUGACACAUCGCGAAGAUCGAAUGCGACCCAAUCGUUGUCGAUUCGCCAAUUGGUGCAUGACAGUUACCUGAUUGGUGUUUCCUCUACUCUGUGUUCGUUAUACCCUUCAAGCUGCCUCUGGAUUUUUCUAAUUAAUUCGAGAGAAGUGCUGAUCUCGGGAUCAUCUGAGGAACACAGCUUCCCACUGAAACGCACCUGGAAAAGUCUUAUUUAUGGACUAACUCAGUGAAAUCCGGGAGGGUGUAUUCUAUAUCGACUGGUAGGGUUUAGUGUGUGGCUCGCGUAGACAGGUUCUUUGGCCUCUUCGGUCACCGUACCCUCGCCCAGCUGACAGAACAACUAUCAGGGCUUAGAGUCGGUCUGCAAUGACUACUUCUCAAAGUGGCAUUCAUGACACCGUCACUGAUGUGAAUUCCAAGUUGUCCUCACGCAGAUCCGACAAAAGUAGCGAGGGCGAGAUCGUGUGUGGCACGCGUAGACGGUCAGUUUUGUCGUUUUGUCAGCGAUUACGCCCGCGUACACCGGUUAACUCGACAUUGCCCUGCAAUCAGGGUAGUAUGGAGGAGGGAAGAAAGAGUGUGGUGGAUUCUGUGCAAGUCGGCUUCAUUAAUAGCCUAUUUCACGCACAACUCACCCAUGCUGCGCCCACAACGCGGAACACGCGGGGGAAGUGGUCGCUUGUGACGGUUGAGAUGGUUGCGGACGAGCCAGACGCAAACAUUCUGGUGGGUAUUGUGCUGAUGGGCAGGCCCUCACCCUCGAAAACCAUUGCCGAGGCCCCGGUUCAGAGCGAAGUCGGUGUGUGACACACCCCUGCAUGAAGACGGUAACCGCUUACAUUCUGUUCCCUCCACCGACUGGUUAUUUCCUGACCUGCCAAGGCAGUCAGUGUGUUUGAAACUCCAGGUCUCCCCUUAAAGGAGGCCAAGCUAGAGUGACUGACAUCUUUUUCGAGCAACCAAAUAGAUAUCUCGAUCAUCGAAUGUAGCUAUCGUCGGCAUUAUCCUGAAGAGCCGUGAGUAUAUACUCGCGAUCCCGAUUAAAGUCGGGGAGACUUGCAUAGCACUGGGAUCAUUCCGUCUUUCCAUCCUCGUCGUGUGCCAGUGGUAGGACAGAGUCAAGACAGUCGAGUGUAGACUUGGACACAGUGGCUGGUAGGAUGUUUCGGCCGCCAAAACUCGCCAAGAGGACUUUACUCCGACACUCGCCUGACACUUCAGCGCAUCCACGUUUGUGAACUCUGUUGCGUUGGUCCGUCCGACCCGACGAUGAGGCGAGAAGGUAACGCAGACUUGUACCAACAUCUGCCCAGGUCUUAUAUUCCAACGGCGAGACUGCGUCCAAAGAACCAAAAGAUGGGCUUGGGGAACGCAUUGACUGACCCCAAUGCACGUGUACCACUACACCACUGAUCCUUUUCCCAUAGGCCAAACACAAAAGUUCUCCAGCGUCUGAGGACAAUAUGAGCUGCUCUCAUGGGGUUUUGACAGCCACUCGAAGCGCUUCACAGGGGUAUCCUAAACGCACUAAACAUGUUUUUUUUUCGCCGUCUGGCGCCACUUGCUCCUGUGUAGCAGGGUAUAUUGGUCGUACGAGUCGGCGCCUUUCCAAAAGAAUACGAGAGCACCUUCCCGCAUGGCUGGCAAAGGGUGAAACUAGGAGAAUAGACAGCGCCAUCCUUGCGCAUGCAGUGGACUCAGGGCAUCCUGUGGACUCCACUGAAGCAUUUCGUGUGAUUUACAAGGUCCCCUCGAGCUACCCUAAGCUACUGGGCCAACGCCUGUUAGCAACAGCAGAAGCGGCCGCCAUCGGCUUACGAAAACCGACCCUAUGCGCCCGAAAAACCUUGUUCAGGCUCCGCGCUUACCGUGGUGCAAGGUUGACUGACCACAUACCACUUUCUGCACCCUUCCGCUCUUGCCCAGCCUGGAGUUUAAUAACUAACUUGUAUCGAUUUUUUGUUUCACUCACUGUACCCCGUCCUAUGUAACUGUAUUGGCCUGAUGAAAAGUUACCGAAAAGAAAGUUCGCUCGCCACUGUCUCUUCUGAACAUAGUUAUGGGGAUUUUCACAACUUUAAAACAAGUGAAAUUCUCCGCUUGUAGGUCAUGACAUUGCACGCAGGACGUGUAGAGGCGUUCUCAAUGUUUUGUAGUUGCUUUUUCUAAACGCUUUUAGCGUCUCUACCGUUCCUGCAUUCUCUCUGCGCCUUCCCACAGAUUACUUCACCGCGCUUCUGCCCUUCGUCUCGCAGUCGGCCUGGAUCGGUCUGCGUACUCGGAGGAAUGCAUCCGACGGGGCUGCAACCGGCGUCUUCGAGUGGGUCUCCAUCGCCGAUCAAACAAACGAAUCAGCACAGCAAGCGCCGGCCAUCGGAUUCGCCAACUGGGCGGCCAAUCGGUACUUGAAGGCCAGCGGUCACUCGGCGGACGUUCAGGUUGGUCCUCCUUCUUUUCACCCCCCCCCCAGUGA